AUGACAGGCGAUCUAGAAAUUCCAGCGAAGUUCGAACUUCGCGACCGCUAUAAUCGAACAGAUCUUUGGCAUGCCGUCUCCGAAUGCAAUGUGGCAGAGGUAAAAUUGCUGCUGAAGAGCGGAAGAGAUGCACUUGCGGCGGAUCGCGAUCGAGUCACACCGCUCAACUGUGCAAUUAUGCGAAACAACAUUUUGAUAACACGACUCCUGUUGAAGCAUCUGAGAGCCGUUUAUUCCAUGACAACAUUCCUGGACGACAAAGAUGUCAACGGUGCCGAGCUGCCACUGUGUCUGGCCGCUGAAUUUGAACGCACGCAAAUGAUAGAUCUGUUACUCGAAUUUGGUGCGGAUGUCAAUGCAGCGAACCAACGUGGACACACUCCGUUAUAUCAGGCGGCAGAUCAGGGGCGUUUGACGGCCGUGGAAUUGCUCCUUGAACAGCAAGGCAUCAAUCUGCAGGCACAGGAUCAUUCAGGAUCUACUGCUCUUCAUGUUGCUACAAAACGGAACCACAUUUCUAUUGUGAAUCUGCUUUUAGCCAACCCGAAUGUUGAUAUCAACUGCAAAGAUAAGCACGGAAACACACCCCUCUGGUGGUCUACUCGACUGAAGCAUGAUAACAUCUCCACCCGACUGCUAGCUGAGGAUGGUGUGGAUCUCAAUGCUGUCGGUUGGAAGAGCGGCCUAUCUACAACAUCUCUCUAUCAUGCCGUAGAAAGACAGAACUAUUCGGUUGCGAAACGAAUUGUCGAAAAAAGGGAGUUAAACCCAAACAUCCUCGGGUGUUUCCGUUGGACACCUCUCGGUCACGCUGCGCGCGACGGCAAUGUAGACAUGGUGGAGUUACUGCUUCGGAGAGACGAUAUUCGAAUUAAUGCAGUAGACCCGGGCGAGGAUUCACCGCUUUGGCUUGCUACGAAGUGUGGUAGAACCAAGGUGGUCGGUCUCCUACUGCAGCAGGGCAACCGAGUGAACAUCAACUGUCGAAACAACAAAGAGAGCGAAACCGCCCUGUCAGCGGCCGCUGGUUCCGGAGAUCUUCACACUGUGAAGCUGAUUUUGAGGGAUGCCCGAACAGAUCUCAAUGCAGUGGACAAGUCGGGCAAGACUGCCAUAUGGCACGCUGAUUCAAAGGGGCAUCUUCAAGUCGUGAAGGAGCUUCUGAAGGAUCCAAGGCUUUCCUGCGAUCCGGAAUCUAUUGCUUCGGUGGCGGUCAACCACUAG